GGCCAGAGCCCUGGUGCUGAACCCGCGGCCCGGGCGGCACCGCCGGGGACUCGCUCUGCGCCGACGGCAGACAUCAGAGAUGACCAAGACAUAUGCCAAACCCAAAGAGAUGUCAGAGCUUGUCAGCUCCCAGUCAUGGAUGGAUGAAGCCCUGAGCUCCCAAGAUGAAAUGAAGGAAGAAGACAGCAGACAAGCCCCCUAUGGAAUGAUGGCUGGCUUGAACGAAGAACAUGACAGCAUUGAGGAGGAGGAGGAGGAGGAGGAGGAUGGAGAAAAGCCUAAGAGAAGAGGACCAAAGAAGAAGAAAAUGACCAAGGCACGUCUGGAGCGGUUCAGGGCCCGGCGGGUCAAGGCCAAUGCCAGGGAGCGCACUCGGAUGCAUGGUCUGAAUGAUGCUCUGGAUAAUCUGAGGAGGGUGAUGCCUUGUUACUCCAAGACUCAGAAGCUGUCCAAGAUUGAGACUCUGAGGCUUGCAAGGAAUUAUAUAUGGGCUCUGUCUGAGGUGCUGGAGACUGGGCAGACCCCAGAAGGGAAGGGCUUUGUGGAGAUGCUCUGCAAAGGUCUGUCACAACCAACCAGUAACCUAGUUGCCGGCUGUCUGCAGCUGGGGCCUCAGUCCCUCUUCCUUGAGAAGCAUGAAGAGAAGUCCCCAGUGUGUGACUCUGUCAUACCCAACCAUACCUUCAACUACCAAUCCCCGGGAUUGCCGAGCCCCCCCUAUGGGAACAUGGAAACUCACCUCUUACAUCUAAAGCCUCCCACCUUCAAAAGUUUGGUGGAUCCUUCCUUUGGGAGCCACCACCCAGACUGCACCACUCCACCAUAUGAAGGACCCCUGACGCCUCCCCUGAGCAUCAGUGGGAACUUCUCCUUGAAGCAGGAUGGGUCUCCAGAUCUGGACAAGUCCUACACGUUCAUGGCCCACUACCCUUCGGUGAGCCUGGCUGGAGCUCAUGGACACACGUCUCAUUUCCAAAGCACAGUGCCCCGCUACGAGCUCCCCAUAGACAUGAACUACGAGUCCUACCCGCACCAUGUGGUUGGGCCCCAGCUCAACACCAUAUUUAAUGAAUAAUGAGAAAGAUGACAGUACGACAUGAACAUAUGAGAAUCAAGAGAAAUGCAGCCAGGCGGUGUAGAUGUUUCUGGAGUGAACACGACUGGGACAGGGAUAUCACUGCUCCAAAGCUGUAUGAAAGAUCUCUGGACUGGUCUCAUUGAGACACUCCUAUGAAAAUCUCUGCUAGCCCCUUUCACACUGUCUUGACAAUUGUUUAGUUGUGCUAUUUUGCUGGUUUUCAUGUUUGCCCCCAGAAACUCCGUGACUGUCUCCUUCUUUAUUUAUUGACAGUCAAGCACACACAGGGAUGAUACUUUGGCUCUUAAAUGAAACAUCCAAUGCCCCCUUCUGCAGACACCCUGAGAGAUACAGUGGUGGGGGUAGGAGCCUGCAGAGUAUUUCAAGCUAUCUGCACCAUUCAGGGCUCUACACUGGUUCCAGAUGCAUCCAGUAUUGGAACGGAACAGCCACUCCUCACCAGGCUUCUGCUGCAAGCAACAGAAUCCAACACACUGAUCCAUCCGGGGGGAAACCUGGUUGCUGAAUUCUGGAAUUUGGAACUGAUAAAAGAAACAGCCAUUAACAGAAGAAAUUGAGUCAAUUGAGUCAUAACUGCCUCCCAAAGGAGCUUGAAUCAAGAAAGAGAGACAAACACAGACAGCUAGACUGGAACCUGAAAAAGAUACUGCAGAAAUCUCCAUCCCUGCCAGGGGGCGAAGAAGGAUCAGUGCAGUAGCCACUGGACAAACCUUCUCUUUGUCUGUUGCCAAUCAAAUAGGUCUCCCUUUAGAUCCUUCUUUGGGGUGUCUUAGCACCAGAACCUUGCCUUUGCACCCAGACUUUAUCCUGAGGAUUCCCACCAACACAAUUUAGAUGCAAGAUACUCCCAGAGUGUGGAUGCAUCUCAGCCACAUGAUUAAUAACCACUGUUCUGAGGGCAGCAUGCAGGGUUUUCGUUCUGAAUGAUCAGCAUAACAUGGACUAUGCUCCUGGGAAAGGCAGCUCAGCUUUUUCCUAAUGGUUUCUCAAGUCCAGCCGUGGCUUUAUUGGCUGGGAAAGGUGGCGAUUAUCUGAACCAGAUACAGACAGCACUAAAAUAAAUGUGCAAAAAGACAUCUGCUGUGGUAGGUUCUCCCAGCCAGCUCUUUGAUGCAUUUGUUAUCCUCCCAGCUCCCAAACAUCCCCUGUCCUCCUAGCAAGAACAAAAUUAUUAUUCCCUCCUGAAGUGUCUAACUCCAUGGAGACAAGAAGCUUGAAACCCUGGACACUUUGUCUUCACUGUCCCCUUCUCAAUCAGGCACUAGAAGAUCGGCCCAGGUUCAAAGCUUCAAGGAAAUUGCCUCCUACACCUGUCCUGAGGCUGCCAAUCUCCCUCCAGUGAAAUACUGUCAUUCAGCACUUUUUGUGUUGCUCAAAACCAGCAUGAGAUUAUCAGAGCAUGAAACGCUUUUUCAGGCCAUGUCUGAGACCAUGUGCAGAAGCAUGUGGUGCAGUUACAUGUAACCUGCAGAGAAACCGAAGACUCCAAACCGUAAGACGCUUCACCUUGCAGAAGCACAAAUAUCUCUCAUGUAAAACUUGGACAUAAUAAUUUAAAAAGUGUUUUGAACUAAACCACAGACACAUACAUGGCCAGGGCAAAUGUGUCAUUAUGGUUUGUAUUAUAUUUAUCAUACCCUGUGUUUUGAAAACAGAUCCUGCCAAAAUAAGUGUGUCUUAAGUUUCUCUCUUAUUUAUUAUUUAACUGGGUCUAAUUUAUUUUCUUUCCAUUUUACAGAAAAUGUGGAAUGUGCUAAAUAACCUGCUUGUUUCCCAAUCAACUUUAAAGUGUCUAGUUGGAGUUUAGCUUUGUGGGGAAAUGCAUGUAGGUUUUUGCAGUGCUGUUGCUCCAUGAUUAUUUAUUAGACAUUAUUUAUUUAAUUUAUUCUCCCUCUGCUGCUUCUGUGCCCAUCUUCUGGUUAUUAAACCAAGUAUUUAACCAAGGAAUUGCAUAUUUAAUGUUGCCCUUUUUCAUUGUUUCGAAGCUCUUUGUAGGACCUUGCCUAUCAGUUCCUGAUUCCGUCCCUAAACACUUCUAUAUGAGCAAUAACUUUUAAAGGCUAUGCAAUGCAAUUAUUUUUGUUUUCCUUUCAAGAAAAGCCAGGCAACUAUUUUUGGAAUCCCACUCUAUGACUGUUGGCCUAGAGAGCCCUUUAUGGGGAAUCCUCACUAUUUUGCAGAGGAAAUUUGUAUAGAGUUUGGAAUUUUGUAAUGUCUCAAACUCCAAAGGAACCUGUUUGUACAGCCCCUAGCAUUAUUAUUAUUGGUUCAUUUUGUUUUGUACUAAGAGCAAACAUUCUAUCCUUUUGUAAAGAAAGCAAAAUCGGCUUGUUGGCUCAAAUAAAGCUGUGGCUCUUGUUGUAAAUGGUCUUGCUCAAGGCUGUGGAUUGUUUUCGUGUUUUCUCUUUUUCUGCUCUUGCUGAAUCCAGG